AGCUCCAAACGAGAAUGGAAGCCACUAGAGGACCGUAGCUGUACAGACAUACCAUGGCUGCUGCUCUUUAUCCUCUUCUGCAUUGGGAUGGGAUUUAUUUGUGGCUUUUCAGUAGCAACAGGUGCAGCAGCGAGACUAGUGUCAGGAUACGACAGCUAUGGAAAUAUCUGUGGGCAGAAAAAUGCGAAGUUGGAAGGAAUACCAAACAGUGGCAUGGACCACACCCGUCGGAAGUAUGUAUUCUUUUUGGAUCCAUGUAAUCUGGACUUGAUAAACCGGAAGAUCAAGUCUGUAGCACUGUGCGUAGCAGCAUGUCCAAGACAAGAACUGAAAACCCUGAGUGAUGUUCAGAAGUUUGCAGAGAUAAAUGGCUCGGCACUGUGUAGCUACAACCUAAAACCUUCUGAAUAUACUACAUCUUCAAAAUCUUCUGUUCUUUGCCCCAAACUACCAGUUCCAGCGAGUGCACCUAUUCCAUUCUUCCAUCGCUGUGCUCCUGUGAACAUUUCCUGCUAUGCCAAGUUUGCAGAGGCCCUGAUCACCUUUGUCAGUGACAAUAGUGUCUUACACAGGCUGAUUAGUGGAGUAAUGACCAGCAAAGAAAUUAUAUUGGGACUUUGCUUGUUGUCACUAGUUCUAUCCAUGAUUUUGAUGGUGAUAAUCAGGUAUAUAUCAAGAGUACUGGUGUGGAUCGUAACAAUUCUGGUCAUACUGGGGUCACUUGGUGGUACAGGUGUACUGUGGUGGCUAUAUGCAAAGCAAAGAAGGUCCCCCAAAGAAACUAUUAUUCCUGAACAGCUCCAGAUAGCUGAAGACAAUCUUCGGGCCCUCCUCAUCUAUGCCAUUUCAGCCACAGUGUUCACAGUUAUCUUGUUCCUGAUAAUGUUGGUUAUGCGCAAACGUGUUGCUCUCACCAUUGCCCUGUUCCAUGUGGCUGGCAAGGUCUUCAUUCACUUGCCCCUGCUAGUCUUCCAGCCCUUUUGGACUUUCUUUGCUCUAGUACUAUUUUGGGCUUAUUGGAUCAUGACAUUGCUUUUUCUUGGCACUACCGGCAGUGCUGUUCAGAAUGACCAAGGCUUUGUGGAGUUCAAAAUCUCUGGGCCUCUGCAGUACAUGUGGUGGUACCAUGUUGUGGGCCUGAUUUGGAUCAGUGAAUUUAUUCUAGCAUGUCAACAGAUGACUGUGGCAGGAGCUGUGGUAACAUACUAUUUUACUAGGGAUAAAAGGAAUUUGCCAUUUACACCUAUUUUGGCAUCAGUGAACCGCCUUAUUCGAUACCACCUUGGUACUGUGGCAAAAGGAUCUUUCAUUAUCACAUUAGUCAAAAUUCCACGAAUGAUCCUUAUGUAUAUUCACAGUCAGCUCAAAGGAAAGGAAAAUGCUUGUGCACGAUGUAUGCUGAAAUCUUGCAUUUGUUGCCUUUGGUGUCUUGAAAAGUGCCUAAAUUAUUUAAAUCAGAAUGCGUACACAGCCACAGCUAUCAAUAGCACCAACUUCUGCACCUCAGCAAAGGAUGCCUUUGUCAUACUGGUGGAGAAUGCUUUGAGAGUGGCUGCCAUCAACACAGUGGGGGAUUUCAUGUUAUUCCUGGGCAAGGUGCUGAUAGUCUGCAGCACGGGUCUGGCUGGGAUUAUGCUUCUCAACUACCAGCAGGAUUACACAGUAUGGGUGCUGCCUCUGAUCAUCGUCUGCCUCUUUGCUUUCUUAGUCGCUCAUUGCUUCCUGUCCAUUUAUGAAAUGGUAGUGGAUGUAUUAUUCUUGUGUUUUGCCAUUGAUACAAAAUACAAUGAUGGGAGCCCUGGCAGAGAAUUCUAUAUGGAUAAAGUGCUAAUGGAGUUUGUGGAAAACAGUAGGAAAGCAAUGAAAGAAGCUGGUAAGGGAGGCGUCGCUGAUGCCAGAGAGCUAAAACCGAUGGCUUCGGGAGCAAGUUCUGCUUGAACCUAGCCGACGGUUAUGGAACCCAUUGACAUUCCAAAACAAUAUAUACACAUAACUAUGUAUUUGUGUGUGUGGGUGUGUGUAUAUAUGUAUAUGUAUGUGUGUAUAUACAUAUAUGUAUGUGUAUAUACACACACACACAUAAUCAGCCAAAAUCAGAGAAAAGGAACAGGGAUUUAAUACCUUUUUUAUGCUUAUUUUUGUCAAACAUGUACUCCUUUCAUACGGGUGGCUUUUACAAGGCAACUUCCGUCAUUUAAUGUUUUCAACUGUACUUGUCUUAAUGGAAAUGUUAAGAUUCAUAUCUGAUUAACAUUUUUAAUAACUUAGAGGAGAUUUUAACUUUAGUUAUUUAAAUUAGAUGAAGUUAUUGUACCAAAUUCUUUGUCUGAAGUUUAUUCAGGGGUGAUUUCCCUGAUCUAUGUAUAAAAAAAUCAAGGUCUUAUUUUACUGAUGCAUAAGUCCUAGUGGAUCAAGACUGGGCAUAUGCUUUCAGAUAAAUAAGGAGUUCCCCCAAUAAGUUUUCCCCAAUCAAAGAAGCCAUGUCAUUUUACUUUUGGAAACAUUCUAAUGGGCCCAGUAUGGGAAUUUUCAUAAUAGCUCAUACAUUUGUCAGCCAACAUUAAAAAGUAACCAACUCCUCAGGUAUUUGUAGUUUACCCUAAUGCUUCUAUAAAAGUGUGUAGGUAAAAAAAAAAAAAAAAAAAAAAAAAAGGAAAGGGUAGGUAAUCUUUCUUAUGCAAACUUUUUUCUUAUAUUGUUGUCUUUCUUUUUGAUUUUAGUAGCAUCCUUCACACAUCUGUGUGCCUGAUUUGAAAGGAAGCUGGGGCACCCAGCGAGUUUAGCCUUUAAGUUUCUGUGUAUUGAUUUGCAGAUUAAGUAAUGCUGGGAGGAAUAAAUAAAGAAGGGACAGAAACAUGGAACAAAGCUUUGAAAAAUCCGGUGCUUGGGCUUCUGCUUCAGAGGAACGUCAGUGGCUUAGGGUUAAACGGCCAUUUUAUUCAGAUGCUUGCUAUACAAUCUGAAAACACACUGGCAGGUGCUCCUCUCCUUGGCAAUUCAUUGCAUAUUGCGUAUCCAGAGCUCUACAAUGUUUAACUACAGAAUUGGUUAAUGUUUUGGUCCUUGAGUAUGAUCCUUGUUUUUGUUUGGGGAUGGGUUUGGUUGUUUUUUGUUCUUUCUUUGUUUCCUUUUUUUUUUUUUUUCUUUUUUAAUUCCUGAUGCUUACCAGAUAUGAAUGGCUAAUAUUCCAUUGUUCUGCUUAUUGUAAUGGUGAAUGCUUUAAGAAAAAAAAAAGUGUAAUUUGCUAAGAAUAAUUCAUGAUCUGUUUAUGCGAUAACUCCUUUUUGUUACAAUUUUUUUAAAAAAAGCUAUUUUUGUUAAUGUAAAGUAAAUAUUUCAGAGCAGAUUUUUUAAAACUUAUUGCACUAAAUACAGGCUCUGUAAAAAAAAAAAAAAAAAAAAAAAAAAAAAAAAGAAAAAAAAAAGCCUCAGCAUUUUAUCAUUCCAUGGAAGGAGAAUCUUUUGAAAGAAAGCAUUGCCUCCUACCAGAAUUAGACAGUGAGUUAGACUGGUAUUAUGGAAAUGCAUACAAUUAAUGUCACUAGGGCUUAAUAAGCAGCUGUUUGCUAAUGUGCUUCCUUUCAAAGGGUUGGACCUUUAAAUUGCUGCAAAAGGUAAAUUGUAUUUUUUUUUUCAAGUAUCGGUGUUCUCUACUCUAGCUAGGCUAAAUUUUGCUAAAUGCCUUGGUUCUUUUCAAAGCUCAUGUAAUAUUUCUGAUUUUUCAGAAUAUUUGCAAUAAGAGUCUGGAUUAAAAAAAAAAUACAUUAAGAGCUCAUGUCUUAGCAAGAUCUGGGAAACCAACCUUGUGAGAGUAGCUGUUUUGAAAUGCUGAAUUCUCCAGAAGUUAACUUCUAACAUCUUAAGGUCAUCAGAUAGUAUCACUGUACUCUUUUAUAUCAUGUAAAAUGGAAUCAAUAUCAUUAUGUAACUAACGAUUGUCCAAAUAGGUGAGAGAGCAAAUUAUGUAAGAACGUUCAGAAUAUCACCUGUUUCAUAACCACACAGAUUUUGGGUAUUCAUUAACACUGGGAACUAAAUUUAGAAUUGGCAAAAGUCUGGAAGAUGGGUAUCAAAACAGAAGACAUUCCAGGAACUAGCUAUGUUAGGAGGUGUCCCCCCCC